CACAGGUUUCCUAGGAAGGAAUUUGUUAUUUUAUCGAUCACUCUUUAUAUAGUACGUUUGGUUCGAUUCCUCAAAUUGCUGCAGGAAAGAAAGGGAUGAUCUGGAACUUAACUUGGAAGAGCUUCGUGUUCAGCAUCAGGAACUGACUAAUCGAAAUGAGGCUAUUCAGAAAGAUAUGGAAGAGUUGAAAAAGUCUUAUGCGGAAGCAACUGAAAAACUUCAGUCACUUGAAGAUAUACAUAAUCAAUAUUCAUUUUCCAGUAGUCUUCGACGAGCUGAGGAGGCUGAAAAAAGUGCUGAAAUGGCUAAGUCAAAUAUGGAGCAGGCAGAAGUGGAAGCAGCAGAAUGUAGAAAACAAGCCGAACGCAUGCUGGAAGUAACAAAACAGUUAACAGAAAGGAAUUCUUCGCUAUCUUCGGAAUGUGAAAUAUUAAAAGAAAAAUUAAGGCAAGAAGUAUUGAAGGUAUUAUGUUUUGCAUUUGCUUCUUUUAUUAUUAGUAAUCUUCUCUUUUCUUAUUCCCAUUUCAUUUUUUAUUUUUCAGUCGAAAGUUUGCUUCAGAAAUUGGAGGAGGCAAAUAACGAGAAGGAAGUAAUUAAGAAGAAGAAUGCGUCUUUUAUAAAAGUAGUAACAUUUUUUGUUAAUUCGUAUGGUGACAGCGGUGACAGAUUUAGAUCCUCUUCUCGAGCUUCUUCCGUUUCGUCUGUUGAUUUGAAUUCUAAGGUUACGACUGGCUCACCUCCUCCCACAGUCGAACAGGGUACAAAUGGUAUACAAGUACAAAUGGUUGAGAAGAUUGUAAAGCUGCAAAAAAUGCUUGCGCGGAAGCAAGAAAAGAUUGAGUUCCUUGAAGAACAUGUGCAGCAGUGUACUCAUGAGCUGUGUAAAAAAACAAAGAUUAUUCAAAAUUAUGCUUUGCGUGAGGAAGCUGCGCUUCUUAUGCCUGCUGACGAUGGCUUAAGCAAGGUGCCACUGAACAGACGCACAGGAGGUGCCUCGCUAAUGGGAAGUAUGUUUUCUUCUGGUGAUAAAAAGACGGAAUUAGAGCUCGCUACAGAAGUUAAUUCUCGGCUUCAGGCGGUGUUAGAGGACACAUUGUACAAAAAUAUUACUCUGAAGACUAAUCUUGAUAUGUUGGGCGAGGAAAUAGCGCGUCUUUCCCGUGAGAACCGUCAACUUUCGCUGCAAAAAACGUAUGAUUCUUGA